AUGACAGUCAUUUUACACCAGGAGGAGAGGUUAAGCAGCUAUGUGGGGAAAGACUACUUGAAGCCAAUGCAGAUCCAGUUUCACCUGAAAGACGUGGAGAGACAGAUGACCGCCCAGUACUAUGUGACUGAAUUCAAUAAGAGUCUCUACGACAAAGAAGUCAUGACUCAGAUCUUCUUCAUUCCCUCCGAAGCACUAUUGAUUUUAAACAGAGAUGAAAUUGUUGGCUGUGUAACAGUGGAGCCCUACAUGCUUGGAGACUUUGUCAAGCUGACCAACAACACCGUAAAGAAAGCUGACCGUUUGAAGGCGACAGAAUACGGCCUUGCCUUCGGACACUUCACCUACUUGUUUUCUAAUCACCGGGAAAUUGUUGUAGACUUGCAAGGAUGGGUGACAGCCAACGGCAAAGGGCUGACCUACCUCACUGACCCCCAGAUUCACUCCACCAGGACCCCGAAAGGUCGGUCUAACUUUGCUGAGAGGGGUUGAUACUUCCUGAAAGAGCAGCAUGGACCAGAGUGCAAUGAGAUUUGUCAGCUGCUGAAGCUACCGCCACUGAGCACAUGAAGAAAUAUUCUUGCUCAAAAACUUUGUUGAGUUGUGCAGCUGUAAAUAUGGUUUCUAAUGAUAAUAAAGCAUUGCUGCAACAUUUCCUUGUUAUUGGGCAUUCAGGCACCAAAAUAAGUAACAUAGAUUUGAUGCAAGAUUCCAGAGCUUACAGGUUUACAUAGUGUAGUUUAAAUAACCGCAUUAAUGUUCUGUAUUUCCCAUAAUAUAUUACCUAAAUGCACAAAUAACAAUAAUGUAUUUUCAGCUACUGUCCUACUAAUGAGACUUUGGGCUUUAUAGGGGAUCUAUUAUAUUAUAAGCAUAAGUGUACAAUGUUAGUUUGUUUUAAUAAUUAUGGUAAUUAGAUGUUACAUUUUAAAUCUGCAAAAUGUUAUUUCAUUAGCUUGAUUUCCUUUAAUGCUGAAUGCUGGAAGAAAAAAGAGUUGACAGAGGGUUAGCGGUGUGACAUAAACAGACUGAAAAGACUUUUUGUAUUUAGACUACUAAUCCUGAAAUUUAAAUGAUUUCUGACACUCUACAUAUUGGUACAAUAGUUAUGGUAAAGGGGUUAUUUCUCCACACUGAUAACAGCCGGGCUCUUUUGUCCGAAGGUCAGGUGCUGUUGUGGAAAUUACCUGAAUGUGUUUAGUCAAGCACCGAACUUAAGUGUAAGUUCAAGGUAGUUCUGCUUAUGUUUAAAAAUGAAAUAUCCUCAUUCCUACUCAACUACAUUUAUCUGGCAGCUUUAGUUAGACUUAAGAUGAAGAUUAUAUGCCGUGGAUGACAUAACAAGCUCUUAAAGUAUAUCACAUUGUUAAAGAUUAAACCAGCGAUUCACAAUCUCUUUAGACUGACGUCUUACAAAAAAAAAACAGUGUGUGGUUGGGUUAGUUGCAAAACGGCUAAAUCAGCAGCUUCCCUCUGAACUUUUCACACGGUUUCAUUUCAAUAAAUGAUCCACUACCUCACCGUAAAUGCAAGGUUAGAGAAUAAGUCCAAAUAUGGAAGAAAAGAUUGUCAGAAUUUUGCUUUUCCCUAUUUUCUCUCCUAUUGCACAGUGAUUUGCUGUGCCUGUGUAUAAAACUGUAUACGAUGUUGCUAAACCUGCAGCUGCUACAACAGUAACAGUCUGCUUUAAUAAUGAUUUAAUAUUAUAAUGAUGUCAUAUGUGACAAACCAGAACUUCUACUUUCAUAUUUUACUGCUAAUUCUAAAUAGGAUUUUCCAUGUAGAGCAGCAGCAUCAAAGUUGUUUCAAAAACGUCAAGAAAAUUUUAAAAAAUUACAAGAACUUUUUGUGAUACAGCCACUACCUGUGUGAGUAUUUACUGUCAGAAUUAAAAACUUGUCUAAGUGCUGUAUUGAAUUGUGAAAACAUGUAAAUGCAUGAAUAAAAUACUUGUUUUGAGUCUGCAAAAAUG